GACAACUUCCGGCGGGGCGGGCGCGCGAUCCCCCUGAGCCGGCUUCUGCGGCGGCGGUGCGAUGACUACGCUCCGGGCCUUCACGUGCGAUGACCUGUUCCGCUUCAACAACAUUAACUUGGAUCCACUUACAGAAACUUAUGGGAUUCCUUUUUACCUACAGUACCUUGCCCACUGGCCAGAGUACUUCAUUGUUGCAGAGGCACCUGGUGGAGAGUUAAUGGGUUAUAUCAUGGGUAAAGCGGAAGGCUCAGUAGCUAGGGAAGAAUGGCACGGGCACGUCACAGCUCUCUCUGUUGCUCCGGAAUUUCGACGCCUUGGUUUGGCUGCUAAACUUAUGGAGUUAUUAGAGGAGAUUUCAGAAAGAAAGGGUGGAUUUUUUGUCGAUCUCUUUGUAAGAGUAUCUAACCAAGUCGCAGUCAACAUGUAUAAGCAGUUGGGCUACAGUGUGUAUAGGACGGUCAUAGAGUACUACUCGGCCAGCAACGGGGAGCCCGACGAGGACGCCUAUGAUAUGAGGAAAGCACUUUCCAGAGACACUGAGAAGAAAUCCAUCAUACCAUUACCUCAUCCUGUGAGGCCUGAAGACAUUGAAUAACCAUGGGCAGUGGUUCUUAGGCUGAUGCUCCAGAUAUUUUAUGGACAAUAUUAUUUUCAUUGGAUGAUCUUGGAGCUCUAUUAGGAGAAAAGUAAUCAUUUAGGUCUCACAGACUUCAAGAAAAUACAGGUUAUAAACUUGAGUCUCAUUGUUUCCAGUUAGCAAUAUCAUACCUACUAAAGCUGUUCACUGUAAUAAAAUUCAAUCAAAAAGGCAGCUGGGUCAGAUGGAAACAUUCCACUGAUUUGGUUCAUAAUAUUUACUGUAUGCUAGGGAAAAAAACUUGCUCCAGUCUCCUCCUAAAUUCUGUGCCUGAGAACCACUGCUACAUAUGUAUUUUUUAUUUUGUAUCAAACUGUUAAUUGAAGCUUUAAAAGCAUAUAUGAAAUGUAUAAAUCUAAGAUGUAUAAUAAAAUGCACUGUAGACCCUA